UUUGUAAACUUUCAACAGAAAACAGUACAUUUUCACAAGGAAACAGAAGGUCUAUCAAGUAAAUCUUCAUCGGAAGAAAGAGAACAACUUUUGAAACCUACAGAAGAAAAAGAAACACCUUUGAAACCUACAGAAGAAAGACUUCAACCUUUGAAACAUACAGAAGAAAGAGAACAACCUUUGACACAUACAGAAGAAAGAGAACAACUUUUGAAACCUACAGAAGAAAGAGAACAACCUCCGUCACAUACAGAAGAAAGACAACAACCAUCGACACAUACAGAAGAAAGAGAACAACCUUUGACACAUACAGAAGAAAGAGAACAACCUCCGACACAUACAGAAGAAAGAGAACAACUUUUUAAACCUACACAAGAAAGUGAACAAUCUUUGACACGCACAGAAGAAAAUGAAAAGCUAUUACCAAAACAUUCGGUAGAAAGUGGGCUAGCCUUAAAACCUACCAAUGAAAGUGAAAAAAGUAAAGUUUUAAAAGCUACAAAAAUAUGGUGGGGAAGUGGAAAACUCUCUAAUUCUGCAAAAAGCGAUUUAGAAAGAGAAACGUGUAAAGUGGACAUUCAUGGAUAUGAAAAAGAAAUUAAUCAAGAUGAAGAUUCGCCAACACGUGAAAAAUGUGUAGUGGAAAUUCAUGGGGAUAAAUAUGAAAAAGAAAUUAAUCGAGAUAAAGAUUCACCAACAAGUGAAAAAUAUGUAGUGGAAAUUCAUGGGGAUAAAUAUGAAAAAGAAAUAAAUCAAGAUGAAAAUUCGUCAACAAGUGAAAGAUGUGUAGUGGAAAUUCAUGGGGAUAAAUAUGAAAAAGAAAUUAAUCAAGAUGAACAUUCGCCCAGAAGUGAAAAAAGCGUAGCGGACAUUCAUGGGGAUAAACAUGAAGAAGAAGACAAUCAAGGUGAAGGUUCGCCCAGAAGUGAAAAAAGUGUAGAGGACAUUCCUGGAGAUAAAUAUGAGGAAGAAGAUAUUCAUAUUGAAGAUUCGCCAACAAGUGAAAAAAGUGUUGCGAACAUCCCUGGGGAUAAACAUGAAGAAGACGAUAAUCAAGUUGAAGAUUCACCAACAAGUGAAAACAGUGUAGCGAACAUUCAUGGGGCUAAACAUGAAGAGAAAGAUAAUAAAGGUAAAGAUUCGCCAACAAGUGAAAAAAGUGUAGCGAACAUUCCUGGGGAUAAAUAUGAAGAAAAAGAUAAUCAAGGUGAACAUCCGCCAACAAGUGAUAAAAAUGAAGCGGACAUUUCUGGUGAAAAAUAUGAAGAAGAAGAUACUCAAGAUGAAGAUUCGUCUACAAGUUCUUUGAAACUUGAUGAAGACGAUGACGAAGAGGAAUAUUUUUCGGCUACUGAUGAUAAAUGA